CAUCUCAUUUGUUUAGUUUAACUCCAAUGAGCAGCUAAUGAUUCAUUCCACCCCACCACAAGCCAGAUGAGAUGAGAAGAAGAUUAGCACACUAGGUGACAGUUGAGAUCCCCCUUCCAAUCUCCUGGCGCUGCUCGCCAGCUUCUUCCACUGAUCCAUCUCUUCUUCUUCUUCUUCUUCUUCUUCGGCAUCUCGUUGCUGUCAGCUAUCCGGCGCCGCUGGUUCGAUUCAAACCGCCGCCGUCAGUCAUCUCCUCGCCGAGCUCGCCCGCCAGGGAAACCCACUCCAGGAGGGCCUCCCUGCCCUGCUCUUCUCCGGGCAUUGCGUAUCGUGCCUCGGCGUCUGGCCUUCUUCUCAAACCCCCCCGGCGGCGCCAGCUCCGUCGGCGCACCGCCUGCCUACAUACAGCCGGCCAAAUCCAUUCCACCUCCGCGGGAGAAAGAGCCCAGUUCUCUUCCACCUCCUCCGCCUUCGAGAUCCCUACCCCGUUCCCGGUACAAUGGUGGCGCUGUGCGCCACCUAGCCGUCUCGCCCGCCGCCGGCCGGCAAACGGAAAGGGCGCCUCUUCAGCCCCAGUUCCCUUCUUGAUUCUUCUGCCGCUGCAAUGCGCCCGUCUGCUCGUCUCCCUUGAGUGCUGCUGCUGCUCUGGUUGCUCUCGUGAGGGGCGGAAUAAAGAGGGGGCAAGAUGGCCGGGGGCGGCGAGGGCUCCGGCGCGGCGGGCGGGACGGGGGAGAUGCGGUCGCUGGCGCUGACGCCCACCUGGUCCGUCGCCACCGUGCUCACGCUCCUCGUCGCCGCCUCGCUCAUCGUCGAGCGCUCCAUCCACCGCCUCAGCAAUUGGCUGAAGAAGACUCACCGGAACCCGCUCCACAAGGCAAUGGAGAAGAUGAAAGAAGAAAUGAUGCUGCUCGGCUUCAUAUCCCUGCUUUUGGCGGCGACGUCAAGGAUGAUCUCCGGCAUCUGCAUCGACUCCAAGUACUACAACAGCAGGUUCUCCCCGUGCACCAAAGAGGAGGUGGAGGAGACAUUCAGCGCCGAGCACGCCCUGUCUUCUCGCAAGCGCAGCCACAUAAUCGCUGCCAUCCUGCACCGUUCUCUCAGGAGGAACCUCAAGGCGCAGUCCCAUCAGGUGGAGAGCUGCCACGAGGGCUUCGAGUCGUUCGUUUCGCAUGAGGGUCUCGAGCAGCUCCACCGCUUCAUUUUUGUCAUGGCGGUAACCCAUGUUACCUAUAGUUGCUUGACGAUGCUGCUAGCUAUACUCAAGGUCCAUACAUGGAGAAAAUGGGAAGAUGAAGCAUUUAGAGAUAACCACGAAUCUUUUUCCCAGAUUGCGUAUGCAUCAGCAACUAGAAGGCAACCACCAGCACUUACCAAAUCCUCUUCAUUCAGAUUUUGGAGUCAAAAUAAUGCGGUCAUGUGGGUGUUUUGCUUCCUUGCACAAUUUGGUCAAUCUGUUGUUCGAGCUGACUACCUUAUCCUUCGCAAGGGUUUCAUAAUGAAUCAUAAUCUUGCACCAACAUACGACUUCCACACUUACAUGAUACGUUCAAUGGAAGAGGAGUUUGAGAAGAUUGUUGGAGUGAGCGGAGUACUGUGGGGCUUCGUUGUUGCUUUCAUGCUGUUUAAUGUUGAUGGAUCUAACCUGUACUUUUGGAUAGCCAUCCUCCCUGUUGCUCUUGUUCUUCUAGUCGGUGCGAAACUGCAGCAUAUAAUAGCGAUUUUAACAUCAGAGGGUGCAAAGCUGACCGCAUUUGGGCCAAGGAUAAAGCCACGCGAUGAUCUCUUUUGGUUCAAGAAACCAAAAUUUCUCCUGUGGUUGAUUCAUUUUGUUCUCUUCCAGAAUGCAUUCGAGCUGGCCUCCUUCUUCUGGUUCUGGUGGCAAUUUGGUUAUGAGUCAUGCUUCAUAAAAAACCACCUCCUGGUUUACUGCCGCCUUGUAUUGGGGUUUGCCGGACAGUUUCUCUGCAGUUACAGUACGUUGCCUGUUUAUGCGCUUGUCACGCAGAUGGGAUCAAAGUACAAGGCUGCCCUGAUCCCCAACAGGAUCAGAGAAACCAUGCACGGGUGGGGCAAGGACACAAGGAAGAAGAGGAAGAAGCGACGCGGCGACGAUUCCACCAUUCGUACGGAGACCAGCACCGUGUGCUCCCUCGACUACGAGGACGAAGACGACGACGGCCAUGGCCAUUCCGAUGAUGCCACGACACCCAGGUUGCCGCCAUACCUGAAGAUCGAGCUACGGCCAAUGCGGGGCGGCGGUGGCAUUCCUACACCAGGCAUGCCGAGCCACCAGCUUCCGACCGGCGGCAGCAACUGGACCACCGGCGGCAGCUCCCAGCACGCUCUGCUCCAGCGACAGGGCUCGGCCUCAGCCUCCGCACCGUCGUCACCGCCACCGAGCAGCCAUGGCCGCGGCGUCGUAAGGUCGGCGUCGAUGCCGGGGAUCGCUGCCGUGGCAACGAUAGCCUCGACGAUAGGCCUUAGCACCCCGCCAACUCGGCUCAGCGGUGAUGCCCAUGCAUAGGAGGACACUGGACUUAUUUUGUGUUACUGUAGGAUGAUGAUGGCUGAUGACGACUGAGGGGAGAUAAUGAUAGGAUCAUAUCAUAGAUGAGAGAAAGAUAUACUACUUCAUUUUGUGGUCAUAUAAGAAAAGAUGGUGUAUAGUGUUACAUACAUGGUCAUAUAUACUAGUGCUUGUCAUCAGAACUUAGAGACGACGGUUUGGUUUAAAGGAAUUUCAAAGGAAUUUAUAGAGGAAA